CUAGCGAGUCGUUAUACUGUGAGUGUGUGUCGUUAUUUUGGAUAUACCUAGGAUACUUGAAAGUCCGUCAAAAUGAAAGCAUCUUGGAGCAGACUUCACUUGGGUGCCGUUGGUGUUAUAGCAGUGUUGUUAUACUUCAUCGAUUUAUCUAUAGCUUCUCUAGACGGUUACAUACCCGGCGAAGACUACCCAGCCUUCGAGGAGGUGCCCAAAGGCCUCGCAUUCACUUGUGAUGACAAAAUACCUGGAUAUUAUGCUGAUCCAGAAACACAGUGCCAGGUAUGGCACUGGUGCGUACCAACCAUUGGUGGAAACAUUCAGUACUCGUUCCUUUGCAAUGCCGGCACUGUCUUCAACCAAAGAACGAGGGUUUGCGACUGGUUCUUUAAUGUGGAUUGCGCCAAUGCGCCAGCAUUCUACGCGAUCAAUGAGGACCUCUACAAAGACGAAGCUGGCAACUUUAUCGCAGGAAAAAAGUAGUUUAUCAAUAUUGAGUGCCGUAUAGUAUAGUAAAAAAUAUAUUAAUAAUAUAGACUAUAUAAUUUGAAUCGUCAAUGAAGACUAGAACAAACUUGAAUUUCCCAGACAACAUACAUCACAAAAAGAAAAAGUAUAACAAUUAUGAUAAUGAUUGUAAUAUAUAUUUGGCGCAUUUGAAUUACCACUUAGAUAUUUGUAAGCCUAGGUUAAUUUUUAACGCCUGAUAAAAUAAAAUAACAAAUGCCUGAUGGGAUUUUUUUUGUGUCGUUUAUUUUAGUGCAAAUACGUCUUAUAUCUUUAUAUUUAUGUAUCAUUUGUAAACGUAUGUUAUUUAUUAUGUUUAUAUAAUAUUUAUUUUUAUAUUACAGAUCACAUAAUAUUAACACAUUUUUCAAUAAAAGACGGUUGAUGGCGCGAACUAACAGACAUAUUUAUAUACUAACAACUGCAUCAAACUAGACUAAUUAAAACUUACAGAAAAUCGUAGCAAACUGAAAAGUACAAUUAUUUUUAAUUUAACGAUACUGCCAAAGAUUUUCUGUACGUUACAUGUAACGUAAGGUAAGACUGGCUAAUUGUGAAGACUUUGUCCACUUACGAAAAAUAAUAUAUUUAAAUUUUCACUUAUAUAAUAAAUUUAAUUAUUUGAUUAUAUGACACAUAAUAUAACAUUCAACAAUUUAAAUUUACUAUGUUUCAUAUGCAUGCCCUCUUUUUAGUUUCCCUUAUUUAAGUAUUUUCUAUUUUAUUUGCAAUGUAUAUUAAUAUUAUAUUUAUUAUAAUAUUUUGUGUUUAAAAAGAAAUAAACUUUGUCACAUUUUUAAUUAUAAUAAUAAAUGAAUUAAAAUCGUAUUUCCAACUUAUAUUAUAUUAUAAGGAUUUGUGAUUAAUGUGAUGCAAUAAAACUA